AUGAUUAGUCUCACAAUCAUACUCAUACUCAUAUUCAUAUUCAUACCGUCAGCAUGUUUUAAGACUAGAUCUGGUUUGGGUGUGGGAAUGACAAAACAAAUAAAGGGAAUUCCUGGAAGUAUGGGUCCUAGAGGUUUAGAUGGACCAGAUGGUUGCAACGGAACAGACGGAAGACCCGGCUUCCAGGGACCAAGAGGAGAUCCCGGAAUUCCCGGACCUUGGGGCCCUAUUGGGCUUUAUGGCGAGAAAGGCGACCCAGGUGACGGAGGAAUCAAUUCGGUUGGGAUAAAAGGCGAUCCGGGUGUCAGAGGAAAGCCCCCAGUAGGCGGGGCACCUGGAAAAGAAGGCCAGAGAGGCGGCCAAGGUCCGGAGGGCGUUGCUGGAGAAAAAGGUCAAAAAGGAAGUAUUGGUGAUCGAGGACCUGAGGGCCAAAAAGGAGAAGACGCAAGAGCGGUCAAGGGUCAACCAGGUAAAGACCCAUAA